AUUAAUAAUGAUGCUUUGAAUGUAAGGAUCGGAAAUCUUUUUGUUAUUAUUAUUAUCUUAUGCUUUUCAUAAGUAGACAGUGUAGGGUUUACUGCUGCAAGAGGAAACAUCCUCUGUGAGGAAACUAUUUGAAACAGAAAUAAUCGCGUGCACAUUCACUCACUGCAGUUUUAUCCGGAUAAAUGCAAACAUCCCGUUCGUUCAAAACCUUUUUUUUUCUCUGUGGAUCUCCGUCUACGCAGCGCACGCCUAUUUAAGCCAACUCUAUCCUAUUUUAAGAAUUCGCUCAUUAAUAUUAAGGUUUCGGGGCGGGCCUUCUAGGAAAGUCACGCUGCAACCUGAGCGCGGCCUAAUUAAUAUUCAUGAGCCGCGGCUUCUCCAUAGCGCGGUUCGUAAGUUCGCUUUUCCCUGCGAUGCCCGAGAAGUCCCGCAGAGUCUCGCGAUAGGCGCUCACUUGUACGGCCGCCAUAUUGUGUGACACUAUUUUGAUUCUUAUCUGUUGGAAGUGAGAAAGGAAGAGAGAAAAUAAGGGGGAGCAGAGGGGGAAAAGCAGAAGAGCUGUCAAAAGAGUCCCGAGUGUGUGAAACAGCGGCGGCGCGGGAUUCUCCCCACAUCGCUGUCUUGAACGGAGUUGGGCCUGGGUUGGUUCUGUCGGCAGCCCGGCCCAGUGCAGUUCCGCGGCGGCGUCUCGGGGGUUGAAGGUGGCCCGGGGAGCGGCGGCUGACACGAAGAUGCUAAGAUAGCGAGUGCUGUGGUCAAGUCCGUUCUGUUUUGGCAGUAGACGAAUGGCACAGGGAAACCAGCAGAUUGACAACCAGGUUCUGCACCACCUGCGGCAAAAGUUUCCAGAAGUUCCAGAGGACGUGGUGUCCGAGUGUGUCCUGCAGAAUAAGAACAACUUAGCUGCGUGUUGCGAGUACCUGACUAAGGUGAGUCCUGGUUUCUUGUAUAGCGAAGGCAGCCAGAGUUUGACGGAUCUUCGCAAUCACAUGACCCAGCUCAACCUCGGCGUCUCUCAGAAUACCCAUGGUGCCACGCAGCGAGAUGUAGUGAGGAUGAACGGCAGCAGGACUGUCACCCCCAGUGUGAGCGAUGGGCCUUUGAACGUGCCGUCUCCCCUCUCCGAGUUCUACCAGCCCGAAACGCCGUCCGUGCCGCCGCACGCACCCGCGAGCCUCGGCGCCUUCGCCGCCAUGGAGUCCACGCGCAAGCCGCAGCCUCCUCAGCACCUCGGCCUUUACCAGGUCGGGAGCAAGGGUCACGGACCGCCCCCGACCCCUCGCUUCAACCCGAUCACGGUGACGCUUGCGCCGAACACCGGCCGCAACACGCCUACCUCCCUGCACAUUCACGGAGGGCCUCAGUCGGGUCUGAACAGUCCCAACUCCAUCUACAUUCGCCCGUACGUGACCCAGCCGGGCUCGACAAGACAGGUACAGGGCCGGGCUCAGUACAGUCCCACCUCCCAGCCCACCCAGCAGAUCUAUCAGAUCAGCCACCCCGCGGCAUCCCAGAGUUCCUGGAGCGGCAGCCAGCAUCAGACCUCGCACGUGUACAUGCCCAUCAGUUCGCCCACCAACACCCAGGCCCCCUCCAUACCCUCGGCCGUGGCCUCGCAGGCCUCCUCUUCAUCGCCGUCGCCUUCCUCGUGCUCGUCCGCCGCCGCCGCCUCCUUUAGCCAGUACAACAUCCAGAACAUCUCAACUGGGCCACGGAAGAAUCAGAUCGAGAUCAAGCUGGAGUCUCCGCAGAGAGUGUCCGGAGGCUCGAGCGCGGCCACGGCGACCCUCCUGCGCUCCGGCUCCGCCCCGCGGCCCGCCAGUAGCUCCACGUCUUCGUCCUGUCCGUCGUCAUCUUCGCUGGCUGCCAGCACGGGUCCCUCCAACCCCAUCUCGAUCGGAGGCGCCGGACUGAGUCGCAGCCAGCCCACGGUGUACAUCUCUGCGUCCCCGCCCGCCGCUGCUGCUACCACCCCGUCGGAGGAAUGCGCCAUCGUCCCCAACACCCCUCGUUCGCAGCCCAAGUUCUAUAUUUCUGCAAACGCGUCGGCCGACGACGGAGGGGGAAGGAACCCGCCGACGGUCUAUAUCUCGGCCAAUCCCGCGCUCCAGGGUUCCUCUGGCCUGCGGGCUUUGGGGAGCCAGGUGAGCAUGGGCCCUGCGUACAUUCACCACCACCCGCCCAAAUCCCGUCCCUCGGUGGGAGCUGGAGGCACGGCCACGUCUCCUCGCGUGGUGGUGACGCAGCCCAACACCAAAUACACCUUCAAAAUCACUGUCUCCCCCAAUAAACCUCCGGCCGUGUCUCCCGGAGUGGUGUCGCCCACGUUUGAGCCGACCAACCUGCUCAGUCUGCCGGGCGAUCACCAUUACCCGGAGCCGGAUCCGCUCUACCAGUCGGACCCGCUCUCACCUCACCGGGACAAAAGCUCGGAGCCUCGCAGACUCAGCGUGGGUGCCGACGACGCUGCCUACACGCAAGCUUUGCUAGUGCAUCAGAGAGCACGUAUGGAGCGAUUGUGGCACGAAUUAGAGCAGAAGAAGAGAAAGCUGGAGAAGCUGAAAGAGGAAGUCAACGAGAUGGAGAACGACCUCACAAGGAGACGACUACAGCGCUCCAACUCAGUCUGUCAAAUACCGUCUAUUGAGGAGAUGCAGCAAUUGAGGUGUAAGAAUAGACUUCUGCAAAUCGAUAUUGAUUGUUUAACCAAAGAAAUUGACCUCCUUCAGACACGAGGACCAGACUUCAAUCCCAUUGCAAUUCACAAUUUUUACGACAACCUUGGAUUCUUGGGUCCUGUACCUCCUAAACCUCCUAAAGGUCCCACAAAACCAGGUGCGGAUCACGCGGGUUCUCUCGACAGGAGAGGGCGCAAAAUCAAUGUCAGCUCCAAGUUAAAGAGAGACCCGUCUCUUCCUCCCGUUCCUCCUCCUGUGUCCGCGCCCACGGAGGGCGGCAGGAGCGCGAGGGUCGUGUCGGAGCCCGAGGAAGACGACGGCGUUCAGUGGAGCUGCACCGCCUGCACCUUCCUCAACCACCCCGCCCUCAACCGCUGUGAAGAGUGUGAAUUUCCACGGCAUUUCUGAGCCACGCACGGGUUCGCGCGGACGGCCCCCGGCGGGAGAUCUUUCUCGGACGCGUCCGUUGGAGGUUUUCUGUCUGUAAAGCUUCCUCUCUGCCCCACGGCGUCAUUGUCCGUUUGUCUGUCUUGUGACGUCCACUGAAGACUGGAUGAUGUUUACAGCUCUUUGUCUCUGUCCAGAAUGCGUGUUUCUGUGUGGAGAGGGAUUUUGUGCGUGCGUGUUUGUGUGGGAGGUCGAGGGAGAUUUCACCCGCUCGAUCCACGAAGAGGCCCGGUGAUAUUAACGCGUUCGUUACGUCCACACGCGGUUUACAGGUGUGGGUUCGGAUGCCGGUGUGCCUUAUUUCACGGGAACCGAUCGGGACUGCUUUAUCAAUGCUGUUCCCAAAGGAUCAUGGGCGGAAUCUGCUAAACUCACUUUUUUUGUUGUUGUUUGAUCAAUGAAAUGCAAAAAAUGAAAAAGGAAAAAACCUGCAUGUUUUAGAUGUACAGUUUACAGAGGAGUCUCCGCCACACAGAUUUUACUGUACAUAGUUUUAGAAUGAGCUUUUCUUUCUCAAGAACACACAUGUAUUUCCUGUAAGUAUAGCUUUAUAGACUUCAUUUAUUUCUGUGUUGUUGUUUGUUUCUCUCAGAUGAGUGUGGUUUCCCACCGUGAGAACUUAAAGGGAUGCUAAAACGACAAAAACAAAAAAGAGAGAAAAAAAAAAGAAAUGCUCUUCGUCAAGCGAAUUCAGCGUACGAGCUGCAGACGCAGCAAAACUGAACUGAAAAGAGAUCUAGAUUUUAUUAACAAGGUACUUGACCUCGGAGCAGUCGACGGACUUCACAGGAAAUCCAUAAAGCCCUCAGACAACAAACGCUUUCCUAUGUGACAACUGGAAUGUAGGUUUACUAUUAGGAGAAUUUAUACCUUUGUGCCACGAAAGCAAUGUUUCUUUGCUAUGCAUCGACGGAGCUUUUUUUUCAGAUUAUUCGCAGGAGCGUGGGUUGGAGAGGAAGCGCUCGUGUCCGGGUGCCCUCCAGUCGGCGGAUGGGCGUUCGCAAGGGCUUCUCGCACACCGAGUGCUCGCCGCUAGCUUCUGCGGUUCAGGUUUUGUAAAUUGCCAAAGCGCGGGAGUCGUGGAAAAUAUUUCACCGUGUGCCUUCAGUCUUUAUGUGGUUCUCUGUUACGAUCGUGGUAUGUGGCGAUAUGCGCAGUGCCUUAACUCACAGAUGUUACAGAGUUUAAACUCUAUUAUUACUAAACGGUCACGAAGUUACGGUUCUGUAACUUUAUUCGUUCGUUGAACUAAACUUUUAUUUCAGAAAACGAAUGCGUCUUCGUCCAUCCUCACGACAGCGCUAAUGCAGCAGUUGUGCGUUGACGGGUCGAAUGAGAUUUGCUAUUUAUGAAACAAAUAAAUACACGAUCUCCAAAUGCUGGUUUCUGGUAUCCAGGCUAAAAAUAACUGUAUCGGUCCGCUCUCCGUUUCCGAGACCGGGCUGUUUGUGGCUCCAAAAACGUUACUCUCUGUGCUAGUUCCGCUAACGUUUGCAACAAAAACCAAAGAAAUAAUCGGAUCUGUUUGUCAUGUGUUUAUGGCUUUUAAGAGAAAAGGGGAGAAAAUCAUUUGGAUAUUCAUUGUUUUUGAUCUUAGCUGGGAAAACUGUCUUUGUAAUAGAUAAGUUAUUUGUAAAAAAUAAUAAAAAAUAAAAAUAAAACAAGAAAUAAACACGGUCUCCUCUGCUGGAGUUUUUCUCUCUUUAGAUGUUAAGGAGGGUUUGUUCUUCUGGCUUCAGGUUGAUCUUAAACUGAAAAUAUAAUGUCAGACCGUAAAUCUUAUAAUGGGUGACUCUUAGACUGUGGACACUUAUGUUCUUUGGUCAUAUUUUUUAAAAUACUUAUACUUUUGGACAAAUUCCUCUUUCUUUGUCAAACUAAUAAUAAAACCACCUUAAAAACUUCUUACGAUCUCCUUAUAGGUGUCAAAAUCACUGUAUUUUCAUCGCUCAAGUUUAAAAGUCUGUUUGUGCGACAUGGACAAAACCGUUUAAAAACAUGAUCUGGUAACUAUUAAUGCACCUGAAUUAAGCACCAGUCAAAGAAUUAAAAUACAUCGUAGCAUUUAAUGUGAGAUAUUACGGUUUACACAAAAUACAGCUGUCGCACAGUAUUGCUGUCAUUUCCACCACAACACUGUAAUGUCCCUUUAAAACGUUUGUGUGAAAGAUUGUUCAGGUGAUUUCUGUGGAAAUGUUCAGUGAGGGAAUUCAAAUUUUCAUCAACGACAAAUGAAGAAAAAUCAAGCGAAAUAUUGCUUGAUCAGUUCACAUGUUCUACAUGUUUUUAAAAAGCUAAAUUCAAAGUUAAAAAAAAAAAAAGAGUAUUUUGCAUACAUGAAAUGCAGAGUAUUAAUUCAAAGCUGUCCUCCAUUUUUCUCACAUGAACUACAGAAAUGUCAUUUCCACCAUCUGUGUCGGUGCGUGUGCUUCAUGGCCGCUGACUUCAGUCCAACAGAGCAGCUAUGUGAUAUUUUACAGUGUUUCAAAAUAUUGCUUACACAGUAAAAGUGACUCAUUGAAACCAUUCACUCACAUACCGAAUAGACCAAGUCUGCUGAACCGCCAGCGUGUUGUCUGCUUUAUACGCACUUUGCAAUUGCAAAACAGACUUCUCUAAACACAGUUCUCGACAUCAGACGUCUUUCAAAACCAUCAGCUCUUGUGCCUUUUAAAUGCCACACUUGUGCUGCACGGUGUUCAUGCGAGAGACGUUCAGACAUCAUUUGUUCGCGUAGAAAUCAAAACUCGAUGUUUUGAGGAAGAAUUAAAUAAUGUCUUCUACGUUACAGACUGUUUCCAAGCAGAAGUAACAAAUUCAGACGGGGCUGUAAAGUCAGUUCAGUGUUCAGUUGUGUACAGACUCUAUACCCAGUGUAUUUCUUACAUGAGCGUGUGAGCUGCUAACAAACCCACUGCUGAACGAGCAAAAGAGUCUCCCAGUAAACAUGAUGGACAUACGAAGUGCUGAAAAAAAAAAAGGAUCCGAUUGCUGUGUAUGCUGUUUACAGUAUUACAGAUUAAAGUGUCAUCUUUUCUGUGUACAGUAAGAUACAGGAUGAGAAAUGUGUGAGUACCAAAGUAUUCAUGAUUGCAGAAAUGUCUGCUUUGUCCUUAUUCAGCACAGAGAGCGAUGGUCCCUCAAAUGGUCCGUCAUCUAGAAUGGUUCGGAAAAAACACUGCCGAGGAACCAGAUCGAAAUGCAUUUCUAUUUAUUUACUAUUAAAGUUUCACAAUUGCUUACAAUUUCUCUCUUUUUUCUAAACUUGACAAACAAGUCAAGAUGUCUCUUGCAAAAGCAAACAGUGAUUUCCAAACCAUUUUGAGUCCUGUCAGACUGCUAAAUGUGCACGCAGACUCCACACACAAACAAUUAAAUAGUUUGUUCUUACUCUUUCCCAACUGUUUACACAGGUUUGCUGAAUCUUUGACCCGUUGUCGUAAAACUACACACGAAAUGCAAAACCACAAAGACAAAUUUCAAAACUCUGGAAAUCUCCAGCAAAAACAAACACUGACUUCAGAAAUAUUUCCCAAAUUGUCAUUUUGCACCAAAAAUCUGUGAGCACCAUGAAUAUCCCGUCCGUGGCAGUGGAGCUGGUUGAAUUCCCACUCGAAUACACACAAACUCACCAGUGCAAUACAAGUAUGCGACGUGAAAGAAAACAUGCAACGAGCAAGUAAAAUGAAGUCUGCAUGCUGCCUUGUCAUAGCAUCUCAUCUUGAUCAGGACAGAUCUUCUCCUGGACUAAGUAACUGGGAAAGAAACUUAAGGAGUGACAAAUCCAUCUGCUUGAAGUGCACGCGUCAUCUGUGUAAAGUUACAGCCUAAACACCCCUUAUAAGUUGUCUCUAUCUCCAUACUUGUUGUCAACAAAAGUGCCACCUGGUGAACUUUUUUUUUUAUAUUGCCAACAAAUAUACUAUUUACAGCUGAUAAAUCAAAUACUAAAGAACCAAGGUUAACGAAGCAUUCGUGACAGCCGACAUGAUGUGUGUGAGUGUGUGUGUGUGUAAGGUGUAACUGGGUGUCGAGGUUGAAGUAUAUAAACAAAGAAACGUAGAAAAAAGUACAACAGACAUAACAAUACUAAUAACAAAAAUUGGAGGACGGAAUCAUAAUCAUAAUAGAAAUAGUAGCAAUAAUAAUAAACUCAAUUCACUGUAAAUGAGUGGGUAGUUGGAGGGUGAGGAAGAUAAAGACAAAUGGCAGUAAUAAUAAUAACAGUAGCAAUAAUAACAUUUAAAAUAAACUCAUUUAAUCAGGAACGAGGGGAGGUUUGAGGAUCAAGAAGAGGACGACAAUAAUAAUAAUAAUAAUAAUAGUGUUUUUAAUUUUUGUUAGUAAUAUUAAUAAGAACAACACCAACAACAAAAGUAAUAAUGAUACUAAUAAUAAAGCUAUUAAACGGUAAGAUUAUAGAGCUGCCUCACGGCCCAGUUAAACCCCUGCCCAUGUCACCCUACGAUGGCCAUUAAGGAGAGGUGCUGCGGGGCCACAGGGCCCAAAGUCCCACCCCGGGCCCCGGGCCGCCACACACGUCCGGCUUACCCUGUUUGUUUGUUUGUAUGUGUUUUUUUGUUUAUCUUUUCCUCCCUUUCCUACAUUUAUUGUUAAAUUUGUGAUAGACAUAUGUAUGUCAACUAAUGUGUGAUGCAUUAAAAAAGCAAGUCAUGUAGUGCAGAUCCAGCCAGCGGCAAGAAAUCCAGGACAAAGACACACCAGCUGGAGGUACAAGGUCCCCGGCCACACGUCAUUCACACCCACAGCCAAUCACAACCACACAGGACAGGGACUGAGGUGUCACAAUUUUGUUUAGAUAUUGAUGAAGGUGUAUCGUGGCUCCAGACAAAGAGGGUCAGUGUAUUCAUGAUUGUUGUAAGUUUAUGAGCGAUAACCAAGAGGGGUGUAAUUCUAAUGUAUUAUUUGUAAGGAAAUUGGACUGGUUUUCCAUGGAAAUGUACUCUAUUAGUAAGAUUUUCCAAGAUGUAAUAUGUAUGGUAUUCCUUGACUUCCAGUUCAUGAGGAUCAUUUUCUCGGUGAUAGUUAGAGACACUAAGAGCAACUGACUGUGUGUAUUAUUUAAGCUGAUUAAUGAUAUGUCACCUAAUACACAGAGGGAGGGAGACGGUGGGAUGUGACCCAUAGUGAGUCAGUUAUGUUUUCCCAGAAUGUUUUAAUCGAGGUGCAAUACCAAUUGGCGUGAAAAUAGGUGUCCGGAGUGUUUUGUGUACACUGAGUGCAUAUUUCUGAAGUAAAACCCAUUUUAAAUCGUUUGCGUCCAGUUAGAUGAAAUCUGUUUGCAGCUCACUGGCCAGAAAGUACAAUGUGGUGCUUCCAGUCCUCCUUGUGUUUUUGGUUUCUGUAAAGUUUUUAAUUCUUGGGGUCUUGUUUUUCCAGUAGAAUUUGGUAGUGAUUGAAUGUAUUGAUUUAAACCAGGUAAGGGUGGGUUGUGUUGGAAUCAUUGUACAUCAAUAGUUUAUUUUAUGGAGUAUAGUCAUUUUAAUUACUGAUAUUCUGCCCAUAACAGACAGUGGUAAGUUCAUCCAGUGUUGAAGAUCAUCUUCUAUUGUUUUGAGUAAUGGAGUGUAGUUGAGUCCAAACAGCUCUGACAGCCUGAGGGAAACAUUACAGUUCUUCACAUUUGUCAAAACACUAAACCCCAUUCUCUAAACCACAUUCUCAAUAGUCUAAACCAACUUGUCAAAUAAAUCGCUCUUCCUGCGAAACCUUAAACAAGUUUAGGCAGUUUAGACAAUGUGUGCAGAUCUCAUUGACUCUUUCUGCAAAACUCUAAACACAUUCUCACUCACUAAGACACAGUUUGGUUUGUGAUGCAAAACUCUAAACACAAGAAAGCACAACUGCAACACGACUGUCAUCGUUUACACACAAUAAUUCAAAAUGCUUCACAAAAAAUGUUUUUAAAUGUUUACCCCCUUUUUUAAUGUUUAAAUGUGCUUAACACACAUUUUCAAAACUUUGCCUCUAUUUUUCAGAUUGCACACACAAAUUGCAAAAUGUAAAAUGCCUCACAUCUCUUGCAAAAUGAAGCACUGCAUUCAAAAUAUCACGAACUCGUCUCAAAAGCAAACAUUUGUCAUACGUUGCAAACACCUUUGCCUUACUAUUAUAUUUUUUGGAUAUAUCAUAUACACACAGUGAUUCAAAACCUAAAGCUCUUCUUUCAUGAGCUCCUGUGUAUAUUUCUGUACAAGAAUGAAAGUAAUUGGCAGAGAGAUGUUGAAAAAUUCACAGUAAACAAUAGAAGCAAGAUUGAAACCAAGAUUUAUUUAUUUAUUUUAUACUGUAACCAUUUGUGGUUGUGAAUAAAGUAUUACACUGUACAAAAGAAAAGAAAUACACUCCCAGUCAAAAGUUUUUAUUAUUUUUUUUUUUAACAAAGUCUCUUCUGCUCACCAAGCCUGCAUUUACAUACAUUUUUUUUUUUUUUUUUUACUAUUUAAAGUAAUUGUUUUAAUAUUUAAAUAUAUUUUAAAAUGUAUUUUAUUCCUGUGAUUUCAAAGCUGAAUUUUUAGCAUCAUUACACCAGUCACAUGAUCCUUCGAAAUCAUUCAAAUAUUCUCGUUUGGACGGAAACCAAACAUAAUUUUAAAAAAGGUGAUUAUUCAAGGCCUAUUCUAAAGUCAUGAUUGUUUGGUGUCAAGUAAAGCAAUGAGUGUUUGCACAUGUGAGGAGUUCGUGUGAGACACUGAUGAAUUAGUGCGGCAUUUUGAUUGGUUGUGUUUGAAAAAAGAAAUCAAGAUAUUUCUUGUUAGAUUUUUGUGCGUUACGUGAAAGAAGAGCUUUAGGUUUUGAAUCACUGUGUGUAUAUUAUAUAUCGAAAAAUAUAGUAUUAAGGCAAAGGUGUUAGCAACAUAAGACAAAUGUUUUGUUUUGAGAUGUGUUUGUCAUAUUUUGAAUGCGGUGCAUUUUGUGUGAGCAAUUCUUGGAUUUGUGUCUAAAAAGUUUGGAAGAAUAGAGGCAAAGUUGAAAAAACUAAGUUAAAAAGUCUGUGUGUGUUGUUAGAUGCAAGUCUGUUUUUAAUGAAAGCAGUUUGGUCUAGGGAUUAGGGAAAUUGGACGACAGUUUGACGGUACUGUUGGGUCUUUAUUGGGUUGGAGAAGGAGUGAAAUUGUAGCUGUAUUCAUGGUAUCUGGGAGUUUUGAUUCAUUUAUCAUUCGGAUAAAGAGUGGUGAUACGAUGAACCAAAAGGGUUUGUAGACCUCAGCAGUGAAUCCAUCUGGACCUGCUGCUUUAUUAUUCGGUGUGAGAUAUUAAAAUUAAGGGCAUUAAAAUGUCAUGUAUUUUAUAUAGAGUAUUUAUAUGAUGAUUGCUAAGUUGAGGUCGGUUGAUAUUGUUAAGAAAUGAACUGAUGUCUUCUUUUUCAGCCGAAUAUAAUUUACUGUAAAAGUCUUGAAAGAUUUGGUUUAUUUCUUCUGGUGAGUUGGUGGACGUCCCUGCUGUGUCCGUGAUAACUGGUGUUGUUGUUUUUUCCUUACUUUGUUUGAUUUGAUUUGAUUUUUAAUAUUUACCAGAUUUGUCGCCGUGAUGAAAGUUUUCUUGUCUUAGUCUAUGAGUUAGAAAUUGGGUAUGUUUAUUGAUUAAUUCAUUUCAUUUAAAUGUAUAUUUUCUUAACGUAUCCUGUGUUUCUUCUGUUGGGUUAUUCAUGUUGAUUUCUUUUAGUUCUUUGAUUUUUUGUUUGAGUUCUGCUUGUUGUUCCUUCUCUUUCCUUUUAUUAUUUUUCCUCUUAGUACAGCUUUCCCUGCUUCCCACUGACUUUAUAGUGGAUUUUAUAGGAACCAUCAUUCCUAAACAAUGGAUGGCUUCCGAUUAACAGUAAAUAUUACAUCCAUUAAGUUUUAACAUGAAAAAGACGUCGCGUGAAGCUUCCAGUGCUGCUCGUAAAAGAAAAAUGACCUUCCUGCUAUAUGUACAUACAUGCUAUAGAAAAAGAUAUGAUAUAGACUUCAGAUCAGAAUAUGAAAUGUUUGUGUUCUUGUGUCUUGCUCAGUUAAAUAGCUUCUGUAACAAUUAAUUAAACUAAUGUGUUCUAUUUUAACAUGGUCAUUUCACAACAUGUUCUUCAGUUUUGAGAAAUUAAAUCACAAAUUGUUCAACACAAUGACAUAUAAUGAAUGUUAAAAUCAUGUAAACACUGUACAGUGCAGUAACACAGCAUUUACAGCACUGCUACACCAUUUAAAUGUCUGGGGUCAGUCCGUUUGUUUUGUUUGUUGUUUUUUAAAGAAGUACAUACUUGUAUUUAGACAGUAAAUAUUAAAUUCACCAAAUGUGAAGGUAAUGAUUUUAACAUUAUUAAACAAAUUCCAUUCAUCUGUGAAUCCUGAAAAAUAAAAAUAAUGGUUUCCACAAAAAUAUUGUGCAGCACAACUGUUUUCAACAUUGAUCAUAAGCAUAAAUGUUUGUUGAGCAGCAAAUCGGCAUAUUAGAAUGAUUUCUGGAGGAUCAUGUGACACUGAAGACUGGAGCAGCUUUGAUCAUCCAUUACAUUUUAACAGAUAUUCACAUAGAAAACACCAUUGUAACUAGAUAAAAAGUUUGUUAGCAAACUUUAAGUUGGCUUGAGAAAGCCUAGCCAGUAAGUUUUAAGUAGUUUUAAAAGCUUUUAGUUUAAAGAAAGUUUAAAGGUUUUCAGUUUGAAAUAGUUUUAGUUUGAUUGAUAAAGUUUGAAGAUAGAUAGGCUAGAUAGAUAUAAAUAAAGAAAAAAAGAAAAAUUAGUUAGAAAGAAAAAGAAAGAAAGAAAGAUUAGUUAGAAAGAAAGAAACAUUAGUUAGAAAGAAAGAAGAAAGAUAAAAAAGAAAGAUUAGUUAGAAAGAAAGAAAAAAGAUUAGUAAGAAAGAAAAGAAAGAAAGAAAAGUAAAAAAGAAAAAAGAUUAGUAAGAAAGAAAGAAAAGUAAAAAAGAAAAAAGAAAGAUUAGUUAGAUAGAAAGAAAAGUAAGCAAGAAAGAAAAGAAAGAUUAGUUAGAAAGAAAGAAAAAAAAAAAAGAAAGAUUAGCUAGAAAGAAAGAAGAAAGACUGGUUAGAAAGAAAGAAAGAAAAAAGAAAGAAAGAUUAGUUAGAACGAAAGAAAAAAGAAAGAUUAGUUAGAAAGAUUAGAUUAGAAAGAAAGCAUGUUGCUAGCAUGAUAGAAAGCAAGUCGCUAGCAUGGUUUUAGCAUGAUUAGCAAGUCGACAACAUGAUUCUAGCAUGACUAGCAAGUCGCUAGCAUGAUUUUAACAAG